GGGGCGGGGCGCGGCGUCCAGGCGGCGGCGGCUGCGGCGGCGGCGGCUCCUCAGAGUCCGGCUCAGGCUCCGGCUGCGGCUCCAGCCCGCGAUGCCCCAUUCCGUGACCCUGCGCGGGCCUUCGCCCUGGGGCUUCCGCCUGGUGGGCGGCCGGGACUUCAGCGCGCCCCUCACCAUCUCGCGGGUCCAUGCUGGCAGCAAGGCUGCAUUGGCUGCCCUGUGCCCAGGAGACCUGAUCCAGGCCAUCAAUGGUGAGAGCACAGAGCUCAUGACACACCUGGAGGCACAGAACCGCAUCAAGGGCUGCCACGAUCACCUCACACUGUCUGUGAGCAGGCCUGAGGGCAGGAGCUGGCCCAGUGCCCCUGAUGCCAGCAAGGCUCAGGCACACAGGAUCCACAUCGACCCUGAGAUCCAGGACGGCAGUCCAACAACCAGCAGGCGGCCUUCAGGCACCGGGACUGGGCCAGAAGAUGGCAGACCAAGCCUGGGAUCUCCAUAUGGACAACCCCCUCGCUUUCCAGUCCCUCACAAUGGCAGCAGCGAGGCCACCCUGCCAGCCCAGAUGAGCACCCUGCAUGUGUCUCCACCCCCCAGCGCUGACCCAGCCAGAGGCCUCCCGCGGAGCCGGGACUGCAGAGUCGACCUGGGCUCCGAGGUGUACAGGAUGCUGCGGGAGCCGGCCGAGCCCGUGGCCGCGGAGCCCAAGCAGUCAGGCUCCUUCCGCUACUUGCAGGGCAUGCUAGAGGCCGGCGAGGGCGGGGAGUGGCCUGGGCCUGGCGGCCCCCGGAACCUCAAGCCCACGGCCAGCAAGCUGGGCGCUCCGCUGAGCGGCCUGCAGGGGCUGCCCGAGUGCACGCGCUGCGGCCACGGCAUCGUGGGCACCAUCGUCAAGGCGCGGGACAAGCUCUACCAUCCCGAGUGCUUCAUGUGCAGCGACUGCGGCCUGAACCUCAAGCAGCGUGGUUACUUCUUUCUGGACGAGCGGCUCUACUGUGAGAGCCACGCCAAGGCGCGCGUGAAGCCGCCCGAGGGCUACGACGUGGUGGCGGUAUACCCUAAUGCCAAGGUGGAACUCGUCUGAGCUGGGACCCUGCUCCCACCCCUGCUUCUUAAGGUCCCUGCUUGGCCGGUGUAAAUAUGUUUCGCCCUGUCCCUCUAAUAAAGUUCCUCUGCUCCACCUUGGAA